CGAAAUGGAGCUCAAAACACCGAAGGCGAAGAAAAAAUCCAACUUAGCUAAACUCAUAUCUUGGGGCAGAAUGUUUCGGACCCCUUUGCUCAUUCUGUUCUUGCUCGGCACGACCAACUGUCACGACGACAGCGACAUUGACGUGUCCGAGCCGAGCCAUCUUAGGCACAAGCACAACCACAUACAGCCUAACGUGAACGAGACAGUAAAGAAUAAACUAAGUGAUAUAAAAUAUUUGAGGCGGCAUUUAAAUAAAGAAAUUGUUAAUUUCGUGAUGACUGAUUACUUAGUGGACGGUGAAAUCGAGAAUCGGGUUCAUUAUAACGGCAUUACCGCAAAAGAGACUUAUGUUGGAAGUGACGGUCGCGGCCUAAAACUGCGUCAGCUGACCGACGGCCGCCAUUUUGUUCAAGUGAUUUACUCGCAAAAUGGCGUCGUGCAAGACUGCGAAUACGUGACACGACCGAAAUCGGCAAGGGACUUCUUGAAAACGCUCAGGAGAGAAUUGAAAACGGCAUUGGACGAGGAAAGAUUCAGAAUACAGCAUGAGGACACAGAUUAUUCGGACGACGAGAAGUUUUUACGUCAUUAUAGGAAUGUUAGUUUUAGUUUGUUGAUGAAAAACGAAGCCUUGCCUCGAGAGGUUGCUAAUUGGCUUGACUACGACCAACUCAAGCUUCAGUGCUUGAGGAGACAUGAAGAAUUAAGGAACAUUCUAGAAAAUCAGAGUCAGAUCCCCGACAACUCCAUAAGGUCGCGGAGGUCGAUCAGAGAGAAUUUCAUACUGCCAGGGACUAAAUGGUGCGGGGCCGGUCAGCUGGCCUCCGACUACGAGGAGCUGGGAGACGAGACUGCCGUCGACCGCUGUUGUCGGAAACACGACAACUGCCAAACGAACAUCGGCAAUUUCCGGCGCCGCUUCGGGUACUUCAACUACAGACCGUAUACGAUAUCGCACUGUCGCUGCGAUAGGAGACCAAAGCGAGAAGUUUUGGAACUUCUUCGAGUACCGGGGACGAAAUGGUGCGGGAAAGGAUUUUCGGCAACGAAGUACUCCCAGCUGGGCCGGUACACGCGCACGGACCGCUGCUGCAGGGUCCACGACCUCAAGUGCCCCUUCUGGAUUGGCGGGAUGGAGAGAAAAUACGGAGUCUACAAUUGGCGCGUCAAUACGCUGAUGCAUUGCAGAUGCGACGAAAGAUUCCGGGCCUGCCUUAAGCUCGCCGACACUCCGGUCUCCAACAUGGUCGGGAAGCUGUUCUUCAACGUCGUCCAAACGAAGUGCUUCAGAUUGAAGCCGGUCAAAGUGUGCAUGCAGAGGUCUUGGUGGGGCAAGUGCUUGAGGCGAGGCUACAUGAAACAGGCGUUCUUGAGGGACAACCUGCGAUACUAGGCUGCACGGGCGUGACGCCUUCGCACUUUUGACAGCUGUCAAAACUGACACGUGCCAAGUACUUCUUGAAGAGUCUUCACUAGCGUAUAGUUGAUAGCGUAGAAUAUACAGGCUGUUUAGUCAUGCUAUUUAUGUUGUACGAUAUUAAAUCGAUAAGUAAUAUAUAAAUAACAAAUUAACAGUAAUUAAUUAUUGAGUUACUGGUUCGGUGUGAAACGUGCAUUCCCUAAAUGUUGAGUGGGGGUUUCGUUUUUUUGUUUUUCUCAGUCAAAUGCUCUCUGGACCGGCUUGAGCGCGCAAGCAGCGUACCGAGAAUGCCGCAAUACAGUAAAAGCUGUUUAUUGGCGCGGUAUAUGGCUUCGUAAAUGUGCCGCGAAUACAGGAACACAUGAUUAAGGAAUGGUAAUUUACAUAUAUGGGAUUAUAGGGGAUACUUUCCUAGGUGACAAAAUAAAAACAUACUUUAGAGGUUACCUAGUCGUAAUAAGGUCUAUUUUACUUUU